UGAAUUUGCUGUUAGCGUUCACAUUUUGUGACCGGACCACAGCAAGCAACAUACGGUCCAGAGAGAAUUAUCAAACUGAGGAAAAGGAGAACAUUUUUUUUUUCCUUAUUAGGACUCGAAUGAAUGUUUCAUGUUGACUCACUGUGACCUGGGAUUAAGUAAGAUUAAGGAUUUUCGUUUGGAAUUAUAAAAAGACUGGAAGAUGUUGCUGAACAUAAAAUGCAUACUGUGGUUGAUUUGCGUAUACCAAACUACGACUGAAUCUGUUUCUAGCACGUUAUUGGUGAUGCGUCCUGUCAGCGGCUUGUUGUCCGGGAAAGUGACCCUUCCAUGUUUCUUCUCAAUCAACCCCACUCUUGGACCUCGAAACAGAAAUGCCUCAGGAACAGACUACCUGCGCAUCAAAUGGACCAAAAUUGAGGGGGGUGUUGAAUCGACCGUUCUUGUCACCCAAAACGGCGUCAUUAAGAUUGGUCCAGGGUACAGGAACCAUGUAUCUGUGCAGAGUCAUCCAGAAGACAUUGGGGAUGCUUCUUUGACUAUGGUGAAGCUUAGGGCCAGUGAUGCUGGAACAUACCGCUGUGAAGUGAUGUUUGGGAUUGAAGACACACAAGACACAGUCAGUUUGAAUGUUGAGGGCGUGGUGUUUCACUACAGGUCAAAGGUCAGCCGAUACAUUAUGAACUAUGCACAAGCUGUGCAGACCUGCCGCGAUGUUGGAGCCACCAUUGCUACAGCAGAACAGCUGAGAGCUGCUCAUGAGGAUGGAUUUGAUCAGUGUGAUGCUGGUUGGAUAGCAGAUCAAACAGUGAGAUAUCCAAUCACUAGACCAAGGCCCGGCUGCUUUGGAAAUCUACCUGGAAAACCUGGUGUCAGGUCAUAUGGCAAACGCAGGCCCACAGAGACCUUCGACGUCUACUGCUAUGUGGAUAAACUCGAGGGUAAUGUUUUCUUUGCGCCCACAAUGCGUAAGAUGACCUUGGCUGAGGCCAAGGCUGAGUGUGAAAGCAUGAAUGCAGAGCUGGCCUCACCUGGUCAACUCCACGCUGCCUGGAGACAGGGCCUGGACCGCUGUGAUUACGGAUGGCUGUCUGAUGGCAGCGCUCGCCACCCUGUCUCCAUACCCAGAAGUCAGUGCGGUGGUGGUCUGCUGGGCGUCCGCACCAUGUACCGCUACCAAAACCAAACAGGCUUCCCAGAUCCCAGUAUGAGGCUAGGAGCUUACUGUUUCAAAGGUUCUAAGCUUUUAUUCAACCAUUCCUCCUGGGUGGAUGUAACAGUUCUUAGUGGUACCACUAUGGAGCCCACUACUGCAAUCUUUACCACAGGCCAGACUCUCUCCAGUCUCUCUCCUGAGGCCAGUCCAUCUCAUGCAUCACAGGCCACCUCUGAUGAUGACCUCUCUCCAACAGAGGCCCCUUCUAUGUUUUCUACAAGCAUGGCACCACCAAAGACAAGCCGCGUCCCUGACAGACUAGAAUCUGUUAUCCCACCUCUUGCAGCAUCAGUCAGUGCAAAAUCUGAGGAAGGCUUUCUCACAACAAAACUUCCAGAUUUUGAUAUUAGUGAUUUUGACACUGAGAAGGCUGUUGAUCAAGCAGAAGUUCGUGGAGAUGUGAUCCGUGGAGAACUUACUACUGCAGUUCCCACAGCCAAAGAGGAACCCUUAGAGGAGACAGAGGACAAGAACAUCAUUAAAGUAAAUACCAUUCAGCCUGAUAUUUUACUCUCAGACUCUCUAAGCACGAAACCGAUGUUUGCAGUUGGCAAAACAGAGGAGUCUAUCCUGGUUGGGGUUACAAGAGACAGCAUUUUAGAAUCAGAGGCCACUGUAGUCACAGUAAACACUGAAGAAUCUGGACACAAAACGUUAUCGCCCUCUCUUAGUGAAUCCAUCACAAAAUCUCCAGCACAGAUUCUGAUGCACACAGCUGGUGAGACCAGUGCUAGUAAAGGUGAGGCUGAAUCAGAUGCUUCCACACAGUCAUCUUUUACACUGGCAACAGAGGCCACUUUUCUUGUGAGUGCUAAGUCUACUGUGUUCUCUGAGUAUGAAGAUGAGACUGGUGUUGUUAUGGUGAACCCCCCACCUCUGUCUACACAGAGAUCUACCAGCCCAGAACCUGAACCUUCAGAGACCUCCAGUGGAGUUACCAUCACUGAUUCUACAGUUACAUCAGCUGUUUUAAUGCAAAGCUCACAACCUGGAGAAUCUAUAGCAACUACAAGAACCUCCAAAUCUACACAGAAGGCAUCUCAAACAUUCACCAGCUCUUCAGAAAGCAAAACUGUUGAAAUGAUUGGCCAUGUUACAAAGUCACUGGGUUUGACAACACCCAGUUCAGCUACAGUUGCUGCAGGAGAAGCAAAAGCAACGCAUUCAUUUAUUGUCCAUGAAACAUCACAUGAAGAAGCUACAUCAGACCCUUCAGAGGCAUCCAGGGAGACACUAACAGAGGCCAUGGAGACCACCACUGAUUCUGAUCACACAUCAGUUAAACAAAGUCUGAUGCCUUUUGGAGAGCCACAUUCUCACACUCCCCAGUUGGUAGACAUCCCUGAGAUACCUGAUGAUCUUCUUUCUGUUAAUGGGGAGACUGUUGUGGCAAGUGGAGAUUUAUCUGAUACUCUAUCUGAUACCAUGACCCCAACGGUCAGCUUCAUAAAUGGCAAGUUUGAGGUGACACUUCAGCCUAAAGAUGUGGCAGAAGAAGUUAGAGGAGAUACAUUUGGAAGUCAUUCUCUUGGAGUAAAAAACCUAAGUGAACAAUUAGAAACAACAUUUACAUUUGAUAGUUCAUUAGUAGAGGCUGGUAGAACACCACAUGAAUCACUGGUGUCAGUAUCAUCAGUAGUGUCCCCAUUGUUUUCCACAACCCUUGAUCCAGAAAUUAAUUUUGGCCAAGGAGGAAUAGUAGUAGAGUCCACUCCGCCAUCACCUCCCAUUGCAAUUAGUGAAGAGGAGACACUCAUAUCUGAAGGAACUGUCAUGCCAAGCAUUUUAACCUCUACCACUGAAAAGUGGCCUUCUGUAAAUCCAGUGCUCCCGAAGGGAUUAACAGAUAUUCCUUUGGAUCUUGAUGACACUACUAAGUCAUCUAUAUCUUCUUCAGUGCACAGUACAAGCUCAGUAACAGAUAGCAAAGUGAAAGAUACAGUCUAUACAACACAGGUCAUGGGAAUGACAACUCCGAAAGAUGACUCUUUCAAAACGACCAGCUUAACAGAUGCUGAGGUAAAAAGAGAUCAGACUACUAAGACAUACAGUAGAGAACCUGUUUCCACUUUUGACACUACUGAAACUAGUACAGAACGUACAUUUAUAUCAUUAAGCACUGGGGAUCUAGAUCUCACUGAAAGCACAAAAACAAUCUCAGGGACCAGCUCAACAGAUGUUGAGGCUACAGGAGAACAGACAACUGAGACACAUAGUAGAAAACCUGUUUCCUCUCUUUACUCCACUGUAACUAGUGCCGUAAAAACAUUUACAUCAUUGAGCACUCGGGACUCAACAGAACAAACAGUCACAAGUCAAGCAAUAUCACAUAAAUCAACAACUAUAGACAAAGAUAAGUCAGCAAAAGAGUCUGAAUCCACUAUCAUUAAUGUUACAGAGCAUCUAUUUUCCUCUGCUCAGACUGGACAUUUUGACAAGACAUUAUCUGAAAGCACUGUAACAAGCACAGUGUCUACAGAGAAGACAACUGCCAAAGAUGUGCUGUCACCAUCACAUUUUACUAUAGUUUUGGCAUCUUCUGAGCCUAAAACAUCAGGAGAUGAGACCUCUAAAAUGUUCAGCAAGAAUUUAACAACAAGCCCUUCAUUGUACACCACAACCAAAUCAGAACAAGAACUCAGCAAAACACCAUCUGAAACUACAGAAACAAUCUCAGUGUCCAGCUUGACAGAUGCUGAGAUCACAAAAGAUCAGAUAACUGAGGUACACAGUAGAGAUCCUGUUUCCUUUCCCGACUCUACUGUAACUAGUGCUGUACAUAAAUUUUCAUCAUUGAGCACUGGGGACUCAACAGGAAGAAUCUUCACAAGUCAAGAUAAUACCACACACACAGGAGUAGUUACUGUGACGCAGGCAACAGAACAAUCAACAAAGUCAUCCGAGACCACUAUCACUGAUGUUUCAGAGACUCUGUCCCCAUCAACAAUGACAAUUUCAGUGUCCAGCUUAACAGAUGAUGAGGCUACAAGAGAAAAAACUGAUCACUUUACUUUAAGAACAGGCAGUGCCACAAUGACUUCAGAGAACACAACUGACCAAGAUAUGCAGUCAUCAAUCUCCUCACUGGACACCACAAGCAAAUCAGACCAAGAACUCACCAAAAUAUCAUUUGAAACAACAGAAACAUUCUCAGUGUCCAGCUUGACAGAUGCUGAACCUACAAGAGAUCAGACAACUGAGACACAUAGUAGAGAACCUUUUUCUUUUCUUGACUCUACUGUAACUAGUGCUGUACAUACAUUUUCAUCACUGAGCACUGGGGACUCAACAGGAGAAACCGUUACAAGUAAAGAUGUUACAGCUCAUACAGAAGCAACCACAUCUACUCUGACAGAGGACAAAUAUCUCUCAGCAAAACCAUCUGAAUCCACCAUCAUUGAUGUUUCAGAGACUCUGUUCUCCACAUCCCAGACUGGACAUUUAGAAGAAAAUUUAUCUGAAAGCCGUGUUACAAUGAUCUCGGAGAAGACAACUGCCAAAGAUGGGCUGUCGCCUUCAAGUUUUUCUUCAAGCUUGACAUCCAUGGUGUCUGAAGCUUCAGGAGAUGACACCUCUGAUUUGUUUAGCAAAGAGUUCAGAACAACAACUUCUUCACUUUAUACUCCAACUAAAUCAGACUAUGAACUUACCAAAACACCAUCUGACACAACGGAAACAAUCUCAGUUUCUAGAUCAACAGAUGCUGAAGCUAUAAGAGAUCAGACAACUGAGACACAUAGUAGAGAACCUGUUUCCUUUUCAGACUCUACUGUAACUACUGCUGUACAUACAUUUUCAUCACUGAGCACUGGGGACUCAACAGGAGAAACCGUUACAAGUAAAGAUGUUACAUCUCAUACAGAACCAACCCCAUCUACUCUGACAGAGGACAAAUAUCUCUCAGCAAAACAAUCUGAAUCCACCAUCAUUGAUGUUUCAGAGACUCUGUUCUCCUCUUCUCAGACGGGAAAUGUAGACGAAACAUUAUCUGAAAGCACUGUUACAAUGAUCUCAGAGAAGACAACUGCCAAAGAUGGGCUGUCACCAUCACAUUUAACAAUAGUUUUGGCAUCUUCUGAGCCUGAAGCUUCAGGAGAUGAGAUCUCUGACAUGUUCAGCAAGAUGUUCACAACAAGCCCUUCAUUGUACAAGACAACCAAAUCAGAUCUAGAAGACACCAAUCCCACACUGACAAUUUCAGUGUCCAGCUUAACAGAUGCUGAGACUACAACAGAAGAAAAUGAUCACUUGUCUUUAAGAACCAGCAGUGCCACAAUGACUUCAGAGAACACAACUGACCAAGAUAUGCAGUCAUCAAUCUCCUCACUGGACACCACAAGCAAAUCAGACCAAGAACUCAUCAAAAUAUCAUUUGAAACAACAGAAACAUUCUCAGUGUCCAGCUGGACAGAUGCUGAACCUACAAGAGAUCAGACAACUGAGACACAUAGUAGAGAACCUUUUUCUUUUCCUGACUCUACUGUAACUAGUGCUGUACAUACAUUUUCAUCACUGAGCACUGGGGACCCAACAGGAGAAACCGUUACAAGUAAAGAUGUUUCAUCUCAUACAGAAGCAACUACUACUACUCUGAUGGAGGACAAAUAUCUCUCAGCAAAACAAUCUGAAUCCUCCAUUAUUAAUAUUUCAGAAACUUUGCUCUCCUCUGCUCAAACUGGACAUUUAGACGAAACAUUAUCUGAAAGCACUGUUACCAUGAUCUUGGAAAAGACAACUGCCAAAGAUGGGCUGUCGCCUUCAAGUUUUUCCUCAAGUUUUACAUCAAUGGUGUCUGAAGCUUCAGGAGAUGACACAUCUGAUUUGUUUAGCAAAGAGUUCAGAACAACAACUUCUUCAUUUUAUACUCCAACUAAAUCAGACUAUGAACUUACCAAAACACCAUCUGACACAACUGAAACAAUCUCAGUUUCUAGAUCAACAGAUGCUGAAGCUAUAAGAGAUCAGACAACUGAGACACAUAGAAGAGAACCUGUUUCCUUUUCAGACUCUACUGUAACUAGUGCUGUACAUACAUUUUCAUCACUGAGCACUGGGGACUCAACAGGAGAAACCGUUACAAGUAAAGAUGUUACAUCUCAUACAGAACCAACCACAUCUACUCUGACAGAGGACAAAUAUCUCUCAGCAAAACCAUCUGAAUCCACCAUCAUUGAUGUUUCAGAGACUCUGUUCUCCUCUUUUCAGAUGGGAGAUGUAGAUGAAACAUUAUCUGAAAGCACUGUUACAAUGAUCUCAGAGAAGACAACUGCCAAAGAUGUGCUGUCACCUUCAAGUUAUUCUUCAAGCUUGACAUUCAUGGUGUCUGAAGCUUCAAGAGAUGACACCUCUGAUUUGUUUAGCAAAGAGUUCAGAACAACAACUUCUUCAUUUUAUACUCCAACUAAAUCAGACUAUGAACUUACCAAAACACCAUCUGACACAACUGAAACAAUCUCAGUUUCUAGAUCAACAGAUGCUGAAGCUAUAAGAGAUCAGUCAACUGAGACACAUAGUAGAGAACCUGUUUCCUUUUCAGACUCUACUGUAACUACUGCUGUACAUACAUUUUCAUCACUGAGCACUGGGGACUCAACAGGAGAAACCGUUACAAGUAAAGAUGUUACAUCUCAUACAGAACAAACCCCAUCUACUCUGACAGAGGACAAAUAUCUCUCAACAAAACCAUCUGAAUCCACCAUCAUUGAUGUUUCAGAGACUCUGUUCUCCUCUUCUCAGACGGGAGAUGUAGAUGAAACAUUAUCUGAAAGCACUGUUACAAUGAUCUCAGAGAAGACAACUGCCAAAGAUGUGCUGUCACCAUCACAUUUAACAAUAGUUUUGGCAUCUUCUGAGCCUGAAGCUUCAGGAGAUGAGACCUCUGACAUGUUCAGCAAGAUAUUCACAACAAGCCCUUCAUUGUACAAGACAACCAAAUCAGAUCUAGAAGACACCAAAGCCACACUGACAAUUUCAGUGUCCAGCUUAACAGAUGCUGAGACUACAACAGAAGAAAAUGAUCACUUGUCUUUAAGAACCAGCAGUGCCACAAUGACUUCAGAGAACACAACUGUCCAAGAUAUGCAGUCAUCAAUCUCCUCACUGGACACCACAAGCAAAUCAGACCAAGAACUCAUCAAAAUAUCAUUUGAAACAACAGAAACAUUCUCAGUGUCCAGCUUGACAGAUGCUGAACCUACAAGAGAUCAGACAACUGAGACACAUAGUAGAGAACCUGUUUCUUUUCUUGACUCUACUGUAACUAGUGCUGUACAUACAUUUUCAUCACUGAGCACUGGGGACUCAACAGGAGAAACCGUUACAAGUAAAGAUGUUUCAUCUCAUACAGAAGCAACUACUACUACUCUGAUGGAGGACAAAUAUCUCUCAGCAAAACCAUCUGAAUCCUCCAUUAUUAAUAUUUCAGAAACUUUGCUCUCCUCUGCUCAAACUGGACAUUUAGACGAAACAUUAUCUGAAAGCACUGUUACCAUGAUCUUGGAAAAGACAACUGCCAAAGAUGGGCUGUCGCCUUCAAGUUUUUCCUCAAGUUUUACAUCAAUGGUGUCUGAAGCUUCAGGAGAUGACACAUCUGAUUUGUUUAGCAAAGAGUUCACAACAACACCUUCUUCACUUUAUACUCCAACCAAAUCAGACAAUAAACUUACCAAAACACCAUCUGACACAACGGAAACAAUCUCAGUUUCUAGAUCAACAGAUGGUGAAGCUAUAAGAGAUCAGUCAACUGAGACACAUAGUAGAGAACCUGUUUCCUUUUCAGACUCUACUGUAACUACUGCUGUACAUACAUUUUCUUCACUGAGCACUGGGGACUCAACAGGAGAAACCGUUGCAAGUAAAGAUGUUACAUCUCAUACAGAAGCUAACACAUCUACUCUGACGGAGGACAAAUAUCUCUCAGCAAAACCAUCUGAAUCCACCAUCAUUGAUGUUUCACAGACUCUGUUCUCCUCUUCUCAGAUGGGAGAUGUAGAUGAAACAUUAUCUGAAAGCACUGUUACAAUGAUCUCAGAGAAGACAACUGCCAAAGAUGGGCUGUCACCUUCAAGUUUUUCUUCAAGCUUGACAUCCAUGGUGUCUGAAGCUUCAGGAGAUGACACCUCUGAUUUGUUUAGCAAAGAGUUCACAACAACAACUUCUUCAUUUUAUACUCCAACUAAAUCAGACUAUGAACUUACCAAAACACCAUCUGACACAACGGAAACAAUCUCAGUUUCUAGAUCAACAGAUGCUGAAGCUAUAAGAGAUCAGUCAACUGAGACACAUAGUAGAGAACCUGUUUCCUUUGUAGACUCUACUGUAACUACUGCUGUACAUACAUUUUCAUCACUGAGCACUGGGGUCUCAACAGGAGAAACCGUUACAAGUAAAGAUGUUACAGCUCAUACAGAAGCAACCACAUCUACUCUGAGAGAGGACAAAUAUCUCUCAGCUAAACCAUCUGAAUCCACCAUCAUUGAUGCUUCAGAGACUCUGUUCUCCACAUCCCAGACUGGACAUUUAGAAGAAAAUUUAUCUGAAAGCUCUGUUACAAUGAUCUCGGAGAAGACAACUGCCAAAGAUGGGCUGUCGCCUUUAAGUUUUUCCUCAAGUUUUACAUCAAUGGUGUCUGAAGCUUCAGGAGAUGACACCUCUGAUUUGUUUAGCAAAGAGUUCACAACAACACGUUCUUCACUUUAUACUCCAACCAAAUCAGACAAUGAACUUACCAAAACACCAUCUGACACAACGGAAACAAUCUUAGUUUCUGGAUCAACAGAUGCUGAAGCUACAAGAGAUCAGUCAACUGAGACACAUAGUAGAGAACCUGUUUCCUUUUCAGACUCUACUGUAACUAGUGCUGUACAUACAUUUUCUUCACUGAGCACUGGGGAGUCAACAGUACAAACCGUUACAAGUAAAGAUGUUACAUCUCAUACAGAAGCAACCACAUCUACUCUGACAGAGGACAAAUAUCUCUCAGCAAAACCAUCUGAAUCCACCAUCACUGAUUUUUCAGACACUCUGUUCUCCUCUUCUCAGACGGGAGAUGUAGACGAAACAUUAUCUGAAAGCACUGUUACAAUGAUCUCCGAGAAGACAACUGCCAAAGAUGGGCUGUCGCCUUCAAGUUUUUCUUCAAGCUUGACAUCCAUGGUGUCUGAAGCUUCAGGAGAUGACACCUCUGAUUUGUUUAGCAAAGAGUUCACAACAACACUUUCUUCACUUUAUACUCCAACCAAAUCAGACUAUGAACUUACCCAAACAUCAUCUGACACAACGGAAACAAUCUCAGUUUCUAGAUCAACAGAUGCUGAAGCUAUAAGAGAUCAGUCAACUGAGACACAUAGUAGAGAACCUGUUUCCUUUUCAGACUCUUCUGUAACUACUGCUGUACAUACAUUUUCAUCACUGAGCACUGGGGUCUCAACAGGAGAAACUGUUACAAGUAAAGAUGUUACAUCUCAUACAGAACAAACCCCAUCUACUCUGACAGAGGACAAAUAUCUCUCAACAAAACCAUCUGAAUCCACCAUCAUUGAUGUUUCAGAGACUCUGUUCUCCUCUUCUCAGACGGGAGAUGUAGAUGAAACAUUAUCUGAAAGCACUGUUACAAUGAUCUCAGAGAAAACAACUGCCAAAGAUGGGCUGUCACCUUCAAGUUUUUCUUCAAGCUUGACAUCCAUGGUGUCUGAAGCUUCAGGAGAUGACACCUCUGAUUUGUUUAGCAAAGAGUUCACAACAACAACUUCUUCAUUUUAUACUCCAACUAAAUCAGACUAUGAACUUACCAAAACACCAUCUGACACAACGGAAACAAUCUCAGUUUUUAGAUCAACAGAUGCUGAAGCUAUAAGAGAUCAGUCAACUGAGACACAUAGUAGAGAACCUGUUUCUUUUCUUCACUCUACUGUAACUAGUGCUGUACAUACAUUUUCUUCACUGAGCACUGGGGAGUCAACAGUACAAACCGUUACAAGUAAAGAUGUUACAUCUCAUACAGAAGCAACCACAUCUACUCUGACAGAGGACAAAUAUCUCUCAGCAAAACCAUCUGAAUCCACCAUCACUGAUUUUUCAGACACUCUGUUCUCCUCUUCUCAGACGGGAGAUGUAGACGAAACAUUAUCUGAAAGCACUGUUACAAUGAUCUCAGAGAAGACAACUGCCAAAGAUGGGCUGUCGCCUUCAAGUUUUUCUUCAAGCUUGACAUCCAUGGUGUCUGAAGCUUCAGGAGAUGACACCUCUGAUUUGUUUAGCAAAGAGUUCACAACAACACGUUCUUCACUUUAUACUCCAACCAAAUCAGACUAUGAACUUACCCAAACAUCAUCUGACACAGCGGAAACAAUCUCAGUUUCUAGAUCAACAGAUGCUGAAGCUAUAAGAGAUCAGUCAACUGAGACACAUAGUAGAGAACCUGUUUCCUUUUCAGACUCUACUGUAACUACUGCUGUACAUACAUUUUCAUCACUGAGCACUGGGGACUCAACAGGAGAAACCGUUACAAGUAAAGAUGUUACAGCUCAUACAGAACCAACUCCAUCUACUCUGACAGAGGACAAAUAUCUCUCAGCAAAACAAUCUGAAUCCACCAUCAUUGAUGUUUCAGAGACUCUGUUCUCCUCUUCUCAGACGGGAGAUGUAGACGAAACAUUAUCUGAAAGCACUGUUACAAUGAUCUCAGAGAAGACAACUGCCAAAGAUGGGCUGUCACCUUCAAGUUUUUCUUCAAGCUUGACAUCCAUGGUGUCUGAAGCUUCAGGAGAUGACACCUCUGAUUUGUUUAGCAAAGAGUUCACAACAACAACUUCUUCAUUUUAUACUCCAACUAAAUCAGACUAUGAACUUACCAAAACACCAUCUGACACAACGGAAACAAUCUCAGUUUCUAGAUCAACAGAUGCUGAAGCUAUAAGAGAUCAGUCAACUGAGACACAUAGUAGAGAACCUGUUUCCUUUGUAGACUCUACUGCAACUACUGCUGUACAUACAUUUUCAUCACUGAGCACUGGGGUCUCAACAGGAGAAACCGUUACAAGUAAAGAUGUUACAUCUCAUACAGAAGCAACCACAUCUACUCUGAGAGAGGACAAAUAUCUCUCAGCUAAACCAUCUGAAUCCACCAUCAUUGAUGCUUCAGAGACUCUGUUCUCCACAUCCCAGACUGGACAUUUAGAAGAAAAUUUAUCUGAAAGCACUGUUACAAUGAUCUCGGAGAAGACAACUGCCAAAGAUGGGCUGUCGCCUUUAAGUUUUUCCUCAAGUUUUACAUCAAUGGUGUCUGAAGCUUCAGGAGAUGACACCUCUGAUUUGUUUAGCAAAGAGUUCACAACAACACGCUCUUCACUUUAUACUCCAACUAAAUCAGACUAUGAACUUACCAAAACACCAUCUGACACAACGGAAACAAUCUCAGUUUCUAGAUCAACAGAUGCUGAAGCUACAAGAGAACAGUCUACUGAGACACAUAGUAGAGAACCUGUUUCUUUUCUUCACUCUACUGUAACUAGUGCUGUACAUACAUUUUCAUCACUGAGCACUGGGGACUCAACAGGAGAAACUGUUACUAGUAAAGGUGUUACAUCUCAUACAGAAGCAACCACAUCUACUCUGACAGAGGACAAAUAUCUCUCAGCAAAACCAUCUGAAUCCACCACCAUUGAUGUUUCACAGACUCUGUUCUCCUCUUCUCAGACGGGAGAUGUAGACGAAACAUUAUCUGAAAGCACUGUUACAAUGAUCUCAGAGAAGACAACUGCCAAAGAUGGGCUGUCGCCUUCAAGUUUUUCUUCAAGCUUGACAUCCAUGUUGUCUGAAGCUUCAGGAGAUGACACCUCUGAUUUGUUUAGCAAAGAGUUCACAACAACAACUUCUUCAUUUUAUACUCCAACUAAAUCAGACUAUGAACUUACCCAAACAUCAUCUGACACACCAGAAACAAUCUCAGUUUCUAGAUCAACAGAUGCUGAAGCUAUAAGAGAUCAGACAACUGAGACACAUAGUAGAGAACCUGUUUCCUUUUCAGACUCUACUGUAACUACUGCUGUACAUACAUUUUCAUCACUGAGCACUGGGGACUCAACAGGAGAAACUGUUACUAGUAAAGGUGUUACAUCUCAUACAGAAGCAACCACAUCUACUCUGACAGAGGACAAAUAUCUCUCAGCAAAACCAUCUGAAUCCACCACCAUUGAUGUUUCACAGACUCUGUUCUCCUCUUCUCAGACGGGAGAUGUAGACGAAACAUUAUCUGAAAGCACUGUUACAAUGAUCUCAGAGAAGACAACUGCCAAAGAUGGGCUGUCGCCUUCAAGUUUUUCUUCAAGCUUGACAUCCAUGUUGUCUGAAGCUUCAGGAGAUGACACCUCUGAUUUGUUUAGCAAAGAGUUCACAACAACAACUUCUUCAUUUUAUACUCCAACUAAAUCAGACUAUGAACUUACCCAAACAUCAUCUGACACACCAGAAACAAUCUCAGUUUCUAGAUCAACAGAUGCUGAAGCUAUAAGAGAUCAGACAACUGAGACACAUAGUAGAGAACCUGUUUCCUUUUCAGACUCUACUGUAACUACUGCUGUACAUACAUUUUCAUCACUGAGCACUGGGGACUCAACAGGAGAAACUGUUACAAGUAAAGAUGUUACAUCUCAUACAGAACAAACCCCAUCUACUCUGACAGAGGACAAAUAUCUCUCAGCAAAACCAUCUGAAUCCACCAUCAUUGAUGUUUCAGAGACUCUGUUCUCCACAUCCCAGACUGGACAUUUAGAAGAAAAUUUAUCUGAAAGCUCUGUUACAAUGAUCUCGGAGAAGAGAACUGCCAAAGAUGGGCUGUCGCCUUUAAGUUUUUCCUCAAGUUUUACAUCAAUGGUGUCUGAAGCUUCAGGAGAUGACACCUCUGAUUUGUUUAGCAAAGAGUUCACAACAACACGUUCUUCACUUUAUACUCCAACCAAAUCAGACAAUGAACUUACCAAAACACCAUCUGACACAACGGAAACAAUCUCAGUUUCUGGAUCAACAGAUGCUGAAGCUACAAGAGAUCAGUCAACUGAGACACAUAGUAGAGAACCUGUUUCCUUUUCAGACUCUACUGUAACUACUGCUGUACAUACAUUUUCUUCACUGAGCACUGGGGAGUCAACAGUACAAACCGUUACAAGUAAAGAUGUUACAUCUCAUACAGAAGCAACCACAUCUACUCUGACAGAGGACAAAUAUCUCUCAGCAAAACCAUCUGAAUCCACCAUCACUGAUUUUUCAGACACUCUGUUCUCCUCUUCUCAGACGGGAGAUGUAGACGAAACAUUAUCUGAAAGCACUGUUACAAUGAUCUCAGAGAAGACAACUGCCAAAGAUGGGCUGUCGCCUUCAAGUUUUUCUUCAAGCUUGACAUCCAUGGUGUCUGAAGCUUCAGGAGAUGACACCUCUGAUUUGUUUAGCAAAGAGUUCACAACAACACGUUCUUCACUUUAUACUCCAACCAAAUCAGACUAUGAACUUACCCAAACAUCAUCUGACACAACGGAAACAAUCUCAGUUUCUAGAUCAACAGAUGCUGAAGCUAUAAGAGAUCAGUCAACUGAGACACAUAGUAGAGAACCUGUUUCCUUUUCAGACUCUACUGUAACUACUGCUGUACAUACAUUUUCAUCACUGAGCACUGGGGACUCAACAGGAGAAACCGUUACAAGUAAAGAUGUUACAGCUCAUACAGAACCAACUCCAUCUAUUCUGACAGAGGACAAAUAUCUCUCAGCAAAACAAUCUGAAUCCACCAUCAUUGAUGUUUCAGAGACUCUGUUCUCCUCUUCUCAGACGGGAGAUGUAGAUGAAACAUUAUCUGAAAGCACUGUUACAAUGAUCUCAGAGAAGACAACUGCCAAAGAUGUGCUGUCACCUUCAAGUUUUUCUUCAAGCUUGACAUCCAUGGUGUCUGAAGCUUCAGGAGAUGACACCUCUGAUUUGUUUAGCAAAGAGUUCAGAACAACAACUUCUUCACUUUAUACUCCAACUAAAUCAGACUAUGAACUUACCAAAACACCAUCUGACACAACAGAAACAAUCUCAGUUUCUAGAUCAACUGAUGCCGAAGCUAUAAGAGAUCAGUCAACUGAGACACAUAGUAGAGAACCUGUUUCUUUUGUAGACUCUACUGCAACUACUGCUGUACAUACAUUUUCAUCACUGAGCACUGGGGACUCAACAGGAGAAACUGUUACUAGUAAAGAUGUUACAUCUCAUACAGAAGCAACCACAUCUACUCUGACAGAGGACAAAUAUCUCUCAGCAAAACCAUCUGAAUCCACCAUCAUUGAUGUUUCAGAGACUCUGUUCUCCUCUUCUCAGAUGGGAAAUGUAGACGAAACAUUAUCUGAAAGCACUGUUACAAUGAUCUCAGAGAAAACAACUGCCAAAGAUGGGCUGUCGCCUUCAAGUUUUUCUUCAAGCUUGACAUCCAUGGUGUCUGAAGCUUCAGGAGAUGACACCUCUGAUUUGUUUAGCAAAGAGUUCACAACAACAAGUUCUUCACUUUAUUCUGCAACCAAGUCAGACUUUGAAUUGACCAAGACAUCAUCUGAUAUGACAGAAACAAUCUCAGUGUCCAUAUCCACAGAUGCUGAAGUUACAAGAGAUCAGGGGAAAACAUCCAAAGAUUUUGUAUCACUGUCAAGUUUUACUUCAGUUUUGUCAUCUUUAGGGUAUGAUGGUUCAGUAGCUGAGCCCUCUUAUAUGUUUAAGAAAGUGUUCACAACAAGUUCUUCACUUCAUAUUACAACCAAAUCAGAUGAUGAGAUUACAAGUACUACAGCACAAAAUAUUAAAGCUUCUGUGAAAAUGCAAACAGAACAAACUACCACACAGACCCUUUCUACAGUACCUGCUAUAGACUUGACCAGUGCAAGCUCAGUGUGGAACUCAACUGAUGCAGAUAUUAAGCCAACAGAGAGACAUCCAACAGAAUCUGUUUCUUCUUUUAUCUCUGAUUUGUCAGAAGUAACAGUCCAGCAAGAGGUUUCCAGUGAUGAAGACAGAAUUACACUGACAACUAAAUCAUAUGAUAAUUAUAUUGUAGCCACUGAUGAGGCAGAAAUUCAUGAGACUGACCAAACAUCAGAGCCAAUGAGACCUGCAAGUUUUUUACAUUCCACUUCAACAACUGAAUUGUUUUCAAGCACAGUGCAAACAGUGGAUACAGACUCAUCUUCUGAACAAGGUAGUGGAGACAUUUUAGAAAAUGAAGUGGCUGAAAAUGAUGGCGCUGACGAAAUAUCCUCUGAUGUUGUAGAAUCAAUACCACACCAUGUUGCACCACCAGAGGACAAGACAACUGCUGUUGGUGUUGAAUCAACUCCUUUUUCUGUAGUGCAACCUUCAGAAAAUGUGACAGCAACAAUAGAUGUUACAGCAACUGUGAUUGGAAAAGCUAUACCAAGCUCAUUAUUUACUCUCACAGAGGUAGAAGGUAGAUCAAGUUACACAACAAUAGAGCCUGUUAGUUCAAGACUCACCUCAGUGUCUUCUAGACCUUCUUAUACUAAUUCUGAAUCACAGUCGACUAAACACACCACAAAAUCAAUUAUUAGUCCUACUGCAAUUGGAUCAGGUAAACCUGGUCUUAUUUCAGUGGCAACAGCUGAAUUUGACCACACUGCACCUUCAGCAACAGUCACCGCUAGUUAUGAAGCAACAUCAGCUCUUCUCAGGACAAAAACACUGUUAACAUCUACUAGCAAAUUCCAAAGCAAGCACACAACAAUUUCAUCUGAUGCAGAGGAUGACACAACAGAUGAUGUAGGAUCAGGGGUGUCCCCUGUCAUGCAUGUUUCAUCAGCGGCCAUCAAAACUCAGACUGGUUCUCCUACAGUUCAUAUAACUAGUAUUGGCUCCACAGAAGUAGACAGGGACAUCACUAUAACACAAAAUUCAAUCCCUAUCAUAUCUGCAUCUGUCGAGAGAGAAGGCUCUGGUAUUGAAGAAGAUGACCAAGAAACUACUCAACUCGAUAGUUCUGGCGAAGAGGACAGAGUAAGUCCAACAGAGGAAAUGCAUGACAAUUAUACCAUGCCCACUGAUGACAUGGAAAUCAGUGAGGCUAACCGCACAUCAGAGCAAUUGAGCUUUGUAAGUCCCUCCCAUUCUACGUCCUUCACAACUAAAUCAACAUUGUCUACCACGGUCCAUACAGCAGUGAGAUUUCUAUCUACUGAAGGUAGUGAAACAACAGCUGAAAAUGAAGUGGAUGAAGGAGAUGGCUCUGGUGGUGAAAUAUCACCAGAAACUCUUGGGUCAAUUCGCCCUGAAGCUGCAACACAUGCUGCAGAACUGACAUCUGAUGCUUUAUUAGAUUCAGCUACACAAAAGAGUACCUUACAGCCAAGCACUCAAGAAACUGACUUAACAACCAGUGAGGAUGACAAGGAAUUUACCUCGCCAGGAGAUCCUUCUGAUGAAAUAUCUAAAACGGUAACAACUAAGGCAUAUGAGGACUUAUCUGUAAGAACUGAUGAGGCAGAAAUUGAUGAGACUGAGGGGGAAACAGGUUUCUCGAGUGCUGCAUCUGUCACUGGCAGUACAGAUUUCAUACAUCAGUCAACUUUAUCACCAUCUCCCUCAUUCCUGAGCUCCACCCAGUCAACUGUUACGUUUACAACUUCACUUUCAGAAGAUGGAAGUGGGGAAGACUCAACUGAGGGGGAUGGAGCAGAAGAUGAUGGAUCAGGUGAUGAUACAACUCCUGUGACAUCUUCACCUUUGCUGUCAAGCUCAAAGAUGACAGAAACAACCAUUAUCAUGACACCCUUUAGUUCAGAGAAAAGUGAACAGUACAGUACAGUCAGAGUUGUUUCACAGGGACACACAACAAAAGAGACGCAGAGUGUGUUUUUAAGCACAAAUGCUGAAGGUUUUGCUGUGAUGUCAGUGACAGCACCAACAGAGCAGGAACAUUCUGCUGUUUCUGUCUCAGAUUUAGCAGCCACUAGCUUUACAGCUCCUGGAACCCAAUCUGGUAUGAUAACCAGCCAAACUAAGUUGCCUUCUUCCGUGACACGUCAAGAUCCUGUAUCCACCGCUACUCCAUUGGUCAUCUCUAAAGACAGUGCUGAUCAGCAAGUCACUCCAACAAGCCCAGUCUUAAUAUUCACAGAGGAGGAGGAAGAUGAAGAUAAGCUGUUUACAACUGUAACAGAAAGUAUGAGAGAUCGUAGCAUCGAACCAGAAGUUUUCAGUAAGGAUGACAUGAUUAUUGAUGCAGAUACUAUGUCUGUUUUAGAGCAGUCUUCUCCCUUCGCCCCUACAAUUGUUACAGAAGAAGCAGCUGGGGUAACCCCAAUUGUCAUGACGGCACAACCCUUAAGCUUUAUGACAGAGGAACCAGAGGGAUCUGGAAUGGAUGGCACUGAGUUACCUCAGUUACAUGUGUCAUUUGAAACCACAACAGACAGGUUAAUAGUUCAACAAACCCAAUCAACCCCAAACAUCCUACAGAGUAUUUCAACAUAUUUAGAAGAGGAAACACAAGCAACACAAUCUCCUGAGGCUAAUGAAACUGAUGUACUUGAACACACACAAGAUGGAAAAACCUCCACAGAACCCACAGAAUUUACAAUGGAGACACUGACUGAUGUCUUCUCAGGAGACACUUUGUCUACCGAUGAUUCUAUUCUGGAAACUGCUUUAACCCCCAUGCCAUCUCAAGUGUCCACAGACAGAGUCAAAGAAAUGGUCUCAACUGAAGAGGACCCAUUUGAAGAUGUAUCAACACAAGCUUCCAAGACCAAAAACAAAACAAUGCCACCAACAGCCCUAAAGAGAAAGACAACACCUCUGCCUCUACAUACAAUAUCUUCUGAGGUGGAAGCUUCAAGUGAAUUAUCUGACCAAUAUGAACCAACUCAAACAACUAUGUCCAGUCACCUUUUAACAUCCAUUGAUUUUACAAGUAGUUCUCUUUAUGCUGAUUCUGUUUCACCUGAAGAGGAAAUUAACUUUACUGGAGAUUAUGUAACAUCUGCCUCAUCAAGUUCUGGAGAAAGUGCUUCUUCACAACAUCUAGAUGAGAUCACAGACACUGAACAACCAGUUUCUCCAGAAUCAGAUUUAGCAAGCACUGCAUCUUUCCAUACUGCAUCAAGUGAUAGCAUGACUGAAACUGCCAAAACCACUACAAGUACAUACAGCAAAACAGCAGCAACAGAUGAAAAUGACUUAACAGCGCACACAGAGGAAACAGUAUUCAUGACAAGUGCUGAUGACAUUGAAAUAAGUACUGCCUCUAUUGAUAAGGCAAUUCAGGGAAGUGAUUUAACAAGCACAGAUACAUCAUCUAGAUCUGGUAUUUCAGAGGAAACCGCAAGUGCAUUAUUUUCUUCAACAGAUUAUGGCUCAGGGGACCAAUCAAUUAAAACAGUAACAGUAUUGUAUGAUACAACAAACUCACCUUUAAUAACUGAAGAUGAUUCAGUGACAUCAUCUAUGGAGAGUGAUAUUGUGAUACACUUUGCAACAACCCCUUUGCACGAAGCAAUUGCAGUAACUGAUGGGGAACUAUAUCACCAAGCUUUGUCUGAGAUGACAGUGACACAUAAGCCCAACGCAGACAUCAGGAUUGAUGAAGACGUGCCAUUCCCAUCAACAACCAUUUCCACACCUCUUAUAGCUGCAUCAAAGUUUAAUAUGACUACAGACAUAGUAACAUUAGUGGGAUCUCCUUCAUCUACACCCAUACCAGGGCUGAAUGACAAAACGGGAGCUCCACUUUUCUCUGAGGAAGAGACAGAUAACAUAAUAGAUUAUGAUACAAAAACUGAACCUUACAACGUAUAUUCCACACCAGAUUUCAUGAACAAAACAGACAUCGACAAUGAGAGAGGCGUAAACAUUAGCUCAGAAGACGUGACAAGCAUUGAUGACAUCACUUAUCCUGAAGGUGAGAAGAGCUUCUCUACCCCAUCAUCUGAUACUGAGACAAGCUUUGAGAGCGCCCUAGAAACAAAAAAUUACACUGAUAUUGAGAGCUCCUUAAAAUCUGAGGAGGACAGUGCUGACGGAAACACACAAGCAGAAGAUCUUAAUACUGAGACCGCCUCACAGCUUGACACUGAAACAAGCUUUGAGACAACCGUGCAACCAGACAUUGAGGGUGAAACUACUUUUGAGAGUGCCUCAAGAACUGAGAGUGAUGCUUUAGUCACCAGGUCACCAAACAGUGGAACAAGUAGUUCAGAGAAAAGCACCUCUAGAGAGGUAAACACUAUAUUAUCUGAUAAGCAUCACACCACAACAAGACUUUCUGAUGUCACAGAUAAACCAAGUUCCACUGCUACAAGUGAAGAAACAUUUUUGGAAGAAAGAGCUGAGCAUACUACCCGAUUCAAACAAAAUGACACAGGAUUUAGGACCACCACACAACCUCAAUAUGAUGGUUCUGUAACUUCCAGUAUUUUGAAGAGCAACUCAGAGAAGGAUUCAGUUAUCAUCCCAUCAUCUGAUGAGGUUCAGGCAGUAUUUCUGUCUACUGCAACAGCCUCAACUUUUCUUCUGACACCUGAGUCUGAUAUAAAGAUUGUCAGUAAGGAAACUACCUCAAGGAAACAAGAAGCAGCUGUUCAAACUGAGGAAGCUGUAACUUUCUCAACUGAGAUUCCAAUUCAAGAAGAAGCUCAGAUGACAUCAUCAGUACCUACAGCCCAAAGUGAGACUGCAACACCAUCUUCUUCCCAUGAAGAUGUUUCUGAGGCCACUUUAGUUAAAAGUACACCUUCAAGUGCACAGAAUGAAAGCACAACACGCAGCACAGCAGACCUUCCAUACACAAUGAUCGGGCAGACAUUUGAUAUUCCAGAUGUUCAUUCCUGUUCUGAUGAUGUUUGCUUGAAUGGAGGCUCUUGUGUAAAAAUAGUCGGUGCUCAGAUCUGCAGCUGUCCACCUGGAUACAGUGGUGACCAGUGUGAAAUAGACAUAGAUGAAUGUCACACAAACCCUUGUCGUAAUGGAGGAACAUGUAUUGAUGGCCUGAACUCAUUCACAUGUGUAUGUCUUCCGAGUUAUGCAGGAGCACUGUGUGAGCAAGACACUGAAACAUGCAGCUAUGGCUGGCACAAGUUCCAAGGCCACUGCUACAAAUUCUUUCCUCAUCGGCGUAACUGGGACACAGCAGAGCGUGAAUGUCGCCUCCAGGGGGCACACCUGUCUAGUGUCCUGUCCCAUGAGGAGCAGCAGUACAUCAACCGCCUCGGUCAUGACUAUCAGUGGAUUGGUCUGAAUGAUAAGAUGUUUGAGAAUGAUUUUCGGUGGACGGAUGGUAGUGUUGUGCAAUAUGAAAACUGGAGACCAAACCAGCCGGACAGUUUCUUUUCCUCAGGAGAGGAUUGUGUGGUAAUGAUCUGGCACGAGGACGGCCAGUGGAAUGAUGUUCCCUGCAACUACCACCUCACCUUCACCUGCAAGAAAGGCACAGUGUCCUGCAGUCAGCCUCCUCUUGUCCUCAACGCCCGCACAUUUGGCCUGCUGCGCCCACGCUAUGAGAUCAACUCACUGAUCAGGUACCAGUGCAUGGAUGGCUUCAUCCAGAGGCAUGUUCCCACCAUUCGCUGCAGAGGAGACGGCACAUGGGAUUUGCCAAGUAUAUCCUGCAUGAGUCCCUCCAACUUCCAAAGGUCAUAUUCAAGGUAUCAGACAUACAGAGUUUUUCGCAGUCAUCGGAAGAGAUCAGCAGAACAUUCUGUUGAUAUUCCCCGACGACACCAUCCCCAUGGUGUAAAACACAAUCAGACACAACAACGAUUGCAAUGGUAACACAACCUAACGCAAGGGCCCUCUUAAUAAAUUUUGAUAGCAUAAGACAGAUCUGUCUGCUGGCUGAGAACGAAGAUUAUAAAAGAAUAGAUUAUGAAAAGGACCAGAAAAAGGGUCACUGGAUUGAAACAGUGGCUUUUUAUCUUUUAACAGAGAAGGUUUUUAAGAACUGCAUAAAGGUCACAUAUUCAGCUGGCCUCUGAAAACGAAACGAUUAUCUGACCUGACCUCCAUCUGUCCCGCUUCUUUUUGGGAAUACACAGUGCCUUCAUAAAUUAUAACUCUCAAUCCAGAUGUAUGUGAGCUAUAAUAGUGCAACUAGCAUGAAUAUUAUAGUUCAUGGUAUUUUAGCCUAUAAUCAUAAUGGCAUUUUGAUACACACUUUGUAUUUAGUUUUCUUCAAGUUUACGAGAACCACAGGUGUAUGCAGGCAUCCUGCUGCUUACUGAACAAAUGAGAACUCAUGCAUAUGAAUGUGAAAGAAAAUAUAUUUAUAUAGGGAGACUGAGCAAUGGCUCACAUGGAGUCAGUGUUUAUUGUGGUAUAAAAAGGCCAAUUAUAUCCUUAAAAAACUGCAUCCAAUGCAGUGAAUGGUUUUAAUAUCUUAAAGUCAGCACAAUAUUGUUUAAUGCUUUCAAUGCUUUGACUUUAAGCUAUUCAUGUCGAUUUUUAGGUUAUUUAUAAUCCUCUGUUUGAUGUCUCUUUUUUUCAAGUGUUUACAAGGCACAUCUCGAUUCACAUGCAUUAAAUUCAGCCGCCAUUCAUAUCUAUGAACCAAAGAAUCUUACUGUAUUUACUUAACAUCAUUUUCAUCAGCUUUCUUUUUUUUUUUUUUUUUUCUCAGACAGUUUAAAAUGACUUUAAAGAGAAUGUACUUUGUGAGAUGCUUAAAAGACUUGAAUGAAUGACUUUUUAACAAGAUGCCUAUAAUUUAUUUCUCGAGCUGCUCCUUUUUCAUUGUUGUAGUAAAAUACAACACACUGAGGAUUUCACUUGGCCAAACUGCACAUUGACAGUGUGUUAAUAGAAUAAUAGACAACAUUUGGAACUCACAGAAUUUAGAUAGAUUUUAUUGUGACAUUUGGGGUAUAUCAAUGGACCAAACGAAGAGGAUUCAUAGUAACAGCAAUUUUUGUUGAACUGGUCAUCCAUUUGUUUUUCCCAAGCAUUUGUUUUUCUCUUUAUGAUCUUUUCUAAUAUGUGUUUACUUGUAUGUUUUUAAUUUUGUGUCCAACCCCCCACCCCCGAAAGUGCACAUAUCUUUUUAUAUUUAUAGUAUAACCUGUUUAUUGUCAAAUGUGAUUGUCUGGAAUGUUUGUGAAAUGGAAAAAUUGUAAGGAACGCUUUUAUGCCUUCUUCGUAAACAAAGUUUAUUAUAUUCUACUUGCA